AUGUGGAACUGGUCCAAGGACUCGAACAUGUGUCUUGUGCGAGCCGUCGUUCUUCCUUCGAUGAAGAAAGUCCCGUACACCGCAACAGCGUGGUUCAGUAGGGAGACCGGCGUCAUCGAGGGUGGCACAUGCGAAUGCGUCGCGGGCCGGAGCCAGAGCUGCCAGCAUGUUGCGGUUGUGCUUCUCUCUGCGGAAGAAAGCUGCAGCAAGAACCAGACCUCCUGCACCGACGUCCCCUGUGCUUGGAUUGUGCCAUCAGAAGCAAAGAAGCCUGCCGCUCUGAUGCCCCUGACGGACCUCACGUUCCGCAAGUUCGUCAUCAACAAGCCCGGAUCUGUCAAGCGAAAGCGAUCGUUUGACCCCUGCGAGUCAGUUUCUCCUGCCUCAUCCUCAUCCGCAUCCAGAAACCUUGAAAGGCUGAAAGCAAGACUGACUGCGGCAACUCCUGACAUGCUCUGGCUGAGGUACGCUGGUGGUGCCUGCCAGGCAGUGCCGCCCAGGCCACCGUUGCCCAUCUGCGACGACGAGGACCUCUGGGCAACUUCUGCUUCAGACACCGUGCAGGCGCACAUGGCUUCGCUUCCAGUGUUGUCGUGUCAAGAGAGGGGACAGAUCACUGCAGACACUGUAGGGCAGGCUGACAACCCAAGGUGGCACAAAGAAAGAGUGGGUCGCGUAACUGCAUCGCAGUUCGCAGCUGCAGUGCGCUGUAAAAAGCCAGACUACUUGCUCAAGCGGAUGCUUUACCCCAAGCCGGGCGCUGUGAGUGAGGCGAUGACGUAUGGGAGGGAGCACGAACCAGACGCUGUGGCCUCCUAUGUGCAGCUCUUGACGUUGGCCGACAUUGAAGUUGAAGUACGCGGAACCGGACUGCAUUUGCACCCACAGUACAAUUUCAUUGGUGCCUCACCCGACAGAAUCGUCACGGUAGCUGGUGACGAGGGCCUUCUUGAGGUAAAGUGUCCCCUUUCGCAGAAAGGAAAGACGGUCCUGGAAGCCGCCAAGCUGAAAAACUUCUGCUGCGAAGUUGUUGGACUUGAGGUGCGACUGAAGAGGAAGCAUCCAUACUUCUUCCAAGUGCAAGGUCAAAUGGCGGUGACUGGGCACAAGUGGUGCCACUUUGUCAUCUGGACAGAGGACCCGGAGGACACAGAGUCUAAAGGGAUGACGCAUAUCGAGACGAUAGACUUUGAUGAGAAGUUCUUUGAUGAAGAAGUACUACCAGGGCUUCUGCACUUCUCUAAACACGCCCUUUUCCCAGAAAUGUUGACACGGCGCCUUAGGCGACUAGGUACACUUACCAAGAAGUAUGUGUCCUACAAGCAGUGGCUCGCUGGAUUCUACGUUGUCCAUGACGGUGAGGGAUUGAAGAAGAGUUUUAGAAAGCUGAGGUGAUCUGCGGCUCAUGUG